GCGCUGAUCUAUCCGGCCCGGUCACAGCCUUCUUCCUUUCGCGCCGGUAGCUGGAGAGCCGCGCGUCCCAUGUGCGCAUCGCCCCGGACUUGUGAAGCUCGCUGAUCCCCUUCCACACCCGAGCCCUUUCUCUAAAAUCCUUCAUAUGGAUCCUAAUUCUCUGAUCGAGGCCCUUCGGGGCACCAUGGACCCCAGUUUGCGGGAGGCCGCCGAGAGACAGCUCAAUGAGGGCCACACGCAGGUGAACUUCACAUCCACGUUACUGCAGGUGACCAUGUCCGAACAGCUGGAUUUGCCGGUCCGACAAGCAGGCGUGAUCUAUUUGAAGAACAUGGUCACACAGUACUGGAGCGAAGGCGACAACACGCACAACGAAGUGCCCGGCAGCAACAUCCCCGAAGAGGACCGCCAGUUCAUCCGAGACAACAUCGUGGAGGCCAUCCUUCACUCCCCAGAGCGCAUCAGGGUGCAGCUCACCACCUGCAUUCACCACAUGAUUAAGCACGAUUACCCCAACAAAUGGACAGCCAUCGUGGACAAGAUAGGCUUCUACCUGCAGUCUGACAACAGUGCCUGCUGGCUGGGCAUCCUGCUGUGCCUCUACCAGCUCGUGAAGAACUACGAGUACAAGAAACCUGAUGAGCGGCAGCCAUUAAUCGCUGCCAUGCAAAUCUUCAUGCCCAUGUUGAAAGACCGCUUUAUCCAACUGCUCCCAGACCCCUCCAGCGACUCGGUGCUGGUGCAGAAACAGAUCUUCAAGAUCCUCUACGCUCUCUUUCAGUACAAUCUCCCUCUGGAGCUGAUUAAUAGGCAAAACCUGACCGAAUGGAUGGAGAUCCUGAAGACCGUCGUGGACAGAGACGUGCCUCCGGAGACCCUGCAGGUGGAUGAGGACGAGAGACCUGAGCUGCCCUGGUGGAAGUGUAAGAAGUGGGCUCUCCAUAUCUUGGCUCGGCUCUUUGAAAGAUAUGGCAGCCCUGGCAACACGACCAAAGAGUACACGGAGUUUGCCGAGCAUUUCCUUAAGGGUUAUGCCGUGGCUGCUCAGCAGGUGCUGCUGAAAGUGUUGUAUCACUAUAAAGAGAAGCAAUACGUAGCACCCCGAGUCCUGCAGCAGGCCCUCAACUAUAUUAACCAGGGUAUCGCUCAUGCUGUCACCUGGAAGAACCUAAAGCCUCACAUCCAGGGCAUCAUUCAGGAUGUGGUUUUCCCCCUCAUGUGCUACACAGACGGUGAUGAGGAGCUGUGGCAGGAGGAUCCCUACGAGUACAUCCGCAUGAAGUUUGAUGUGUUCGAGGACUUCAUCUCGCCCACGACGGCUGCUCAGACCCUGCUCUUCACCGCCUGUAACAAAAGGAAAGAAGUAUUGCAGAAGACCAUGGGCUUCUGUUAUCAGAUCCUCACUGAGCUGACCUCAGAUCCCCGCAAGAAAGACGGUGCGCUACACAUGAUCGGCUCCUUGGCUGAGAUAUUGCUCAAGAAAAAGAUCUACAAAGACCAGAUGGAGUUCAUGCUGCAGAGCCAUGUGUUUCCUCUCUUCCGUAGUGAGCUGGGAUACAUGAGAGCAAGGGCCUGUUGGGUGCUCCACUACUUCUGCGAGGUGAAGUUUAAGAGUGACCAGAACCUGCAGACAGCCUUGGAGCUGACUCGCCUCUGCCUCAUCAACGACAACGAGAUGCCCGUCAAAGUGGAGGCAGCUAUCGCCCUGCAGGUCCUCAUCAGCAAUCAAGAGAAAGCCAAAGAGUACAUCACCCCCUUCAUCCGGCCAGUGAUGCAGGCUCUCCUUCACAUUGUGCGUGAGACUGAGAAUGACGAUCUCACUAACGUCAUCCAAAAGAUGAUCUGCGAGUACAGUGAGGAGGUGACUCCCAUCGCUGUGGAGAUGACUCAGCAUUUGGCUAUGACCUUCAACCAGGUGAUUCAGACUGGCCCAGACGAGGAAGGCGGUGACGAUAAAGCAGUCACAGCCAUGGGCAUCCUCAACACCAUCGACACACUGCUCAGUGUGGUGGAGGACCAUAAAGAGAUCACGCAGCAGCUGGAAGGGAUCUGUCUGCAAGUAAUCGGCACGGUGUUGCAGCAGCACGUCCUAGAAUUCUAUGAAGAGAUCCUGUCACUGGCUCACAGUCUGACGUGUCAGCAAGUGUCCCCACAAAUGUGGCAGCUCCUUCCUCUGGUUUAUGAGGUCUUCCAGCAAGAUGGUUUUGACUAUUUCACAGACAUGAUGCCACUCCUCCACAACUACAUUACAGUCGACACAGACACGCUUCUAUCGGACACUAAGUAUCUUGAAAUCAUCUACAGCAUGUGCAAAAAGGUUCUAUCAGGUGACCCAGGAGAGGACCCAGAGUGCCAUGCUGCCAAGCUGCUUGAAGUCAUCAUCCUGCAGUGCAAAGGGCGUGGUAUUGACCAGGUGGUUCCACUGUUUGUAACUACAGCGCUGGAGCGUCUGACGCGAGAGGUGAAGACCAGUGAGCUGAGGACCAUGUGCUUGCAGGUGGCCAUCGCUGCACUGUACUAUAACCCUCCUCUGCUGCUCAACACUCUGGAGAAUCUGCGCUUUCCCAACAACACGGAGCCCAUCACCAACCAUUUUAUCUCUCAGUGGCUCAAAGAUGUCGACUGCUUCCUUGGGCUUCAUGACCGAAAGAUGUGUGUACUGGGGCUGUGCGCUUUAAUGGACUUGGAGCAGAGGCCACAAGCUGUCAAUCAAGUAGCUGGACAGCUCCUCCCUGCUGCCAUCCUCUUGUUUAGCGGCUUAAAGAGGGCCUACGCCUGCAGGGCCGAGCAUGAGAACGAGGAGGAUGAGGACGACGAAGACGGAGAAGAAGAGGAUGAGAAUGCUGAACUAGGAAGCGAUGAGGAUGACAUUGACGAAGAAGGGCAAGAAUACCUUGAAAUGCUCGCCAAGCAAGCAGGAGAAGAUGGUUGUGAUGAGGAUUGGGAGGAAGACGAUGCUGAAGAGACUGCGUUAGAAGGAUACACCACCGCUGUCGAUGAUGACGAGAAUCCUGUCGAUGAGUACCAGAUCUUCAAAGCCAUAUUACAGAAUAUCCAAAGCCGUGAUCCUACAUGGUACCAGGCGCUCACUCAAGCUUUGGAUGAAGAGCAGGGUAAACAGCUUCAGGACAUCGGCACACUUGCAGAUCAGAGAAGAGCAGCACAUGAAUCAAAGAUGAUCGAGAAGCACGGGGGUUACAAAUUCACGGUUCCAGUGGUGCCAUCCACUUUCAACUUUGGCGGCAGUGCCCCUGGAAUGAACUGAGUCGUCCCUUUUCCUCCCCUUUCUUACCCUGUGACUGAUUGUAGUGAAGUGAAAAAAAAGCUUGUGUUGUUCCCUCAAGUAGUGGUUCCGGAACUGGUUUUCUCACUCACUCUUCAAUCUGACUAUCACUCUAGACAGCACCAGAAGAUGUGGGAAAGCAACUAAAUGCAACCAAUGGCUGGGAAAAAAAAAACAAACAAAACAAAUGACGACAAAAAACGAUGAACUUUCAAGACGUAAAAAGAAGCUUUGAACAAUGUUGUCUUAUGGAAUCCAUUUACAAGAGGGAUACCAUGACGGCAGCUCUUUUUCUUCCCACCUACAUGCAUCGGGGGCUAUAAAUAAUUGAAAUUGAUCGUGGGACUGAAGCUCAUCAUUUUCACUGUUCUGGCCAAGGGGCCUCUGUAAGAUUAUACCUCUGGCAGUAGUGUCCACUUUUUUUCUGCAUAAACGGAAAUCAUGUAUAUACAAGGAAAGGCUCUUAAUUUUUAAGCAGCCUGGACAACCAACCAGAGGCAUUUGUAAGGUGACAAAUGUGUAUUCAAAUGUAGCAUAUUGGAUACUUGUCAUAGCACUAUGUGAUGCCUGAAAUCUGUAAAUUAAUAACUAGCACUUUCAUAAUGUUCAGGUCUCUUAGCCUUCUGUAUCAGACUUCAAAUUUUUUUUAAAAACACGAUGCUAUUUAAAACAGAGUACCUGUUACUUGGCAGGCAGGUUGUCCCAUGAUAUCUGGUUGUCCGAUGAAUUAGUUUUCGGUGGCGGGGCAGUAUUUCUGCUGCUUGUAAUGGAAAUGUUUAAGGUUCCGGAAAACGGAAUGCUCUUGGCGUUCAGUUCAGGACAUUUGCGUUAAGAGCACUGAAGGUUUGAGUAACUAAUUGCCGCAUGUACAAUUGGGCUGGAUUGUGAAGGUCUCAAGCAUUUGGUUGAUGUAUGGAUGAACCAUCUAUAUAUAACAUUAAAAAGAAAAAUGACUUCA